AAAAAAGGUAAUCACAAAUCAAUGCUGGUUAUAAAAAAAUAAAAAAUAAUUAAACUGUAUUCUACUUUGUAUCAAAAAUAAUGUUUCCAAAAGUUGAAGAAUCAGAGCUAAUAAAGAACGAGUUUAGCAGAUUGAAAGGAAUUUGUUAUCUGGACCACACGGGUUCAGCACUGUACGCUGACAGUCAAAUAAACAACGUGAUGAAAGAUCUGAAAACACACUUGUACGGAAAUCCUCAUUCGACCGGUGAUCCGUCGGCAGCUUGUGAAAAACUCAUAAAUAAUAUUCGAUUUAAGAUCCUUGAACACUUUAAUACAAGACCCGAAAAGUACACCGUAAUUUUCACUUCGGGUGCCACAGGAGCUUUGAAGACCGUAGCCGAAUGUUUUGAGUGGGAUGAAGACGACGACGACACUGAACCAAAAAACGCAAUAAGUGAGAAUGAUGCAAUUUACCGGUCUCGGGGAGGUACCUUUGCGUACACGCAAGACAAUCACACUUCAGUGUUGGGCAUGAGAGAGUUGAUGCCGACGGAAAAUCUACUGUGUCUUACUCGAGACGAAGCUCACGAGGCUUUGGACAAUAUGCCGUCUGCGGACAGUUUUCGUUCGACGAGUUCUAGAAAUUCGUUGUUCGCUUAUCCCGCUCAAUCCAAUUUUUCCGGUACGAAGUAUCCUUUGAAAUGGAUCGAAACGUGCCGGAAUGGAGCGCUUGACCUGUACACUGGAAAUCGCGUCAAGUCCAGAUGGUACACUGUUCUAGACGCUUCCGCUUACGUGCCCUGUAACCAUCUGGACUUGGGAAAAUACAAGCCCGACUUCAUAGCUGUGUCGUUUUACAAAAUGUUCGGUUAUCCAACCGGUCUAGGGGCGCUGUUGGUCCGUAAUAAAACAGGAGUGGCGGUACUCCGCAGGAAAAAAUAUUUUGGCGGCGGUACGGUUGAAGUAGUCCUUGCACGAAAUCGACAUCACGUGUUUAAAAAAAAAUUCCAUGAGAAGUUCGAAGACGGUACGGUCGACUUCUUGUCAGUAGUGGCCGUUGGCCACGGACUUGACACUUUGCGCGCGCUGGCCGGUCCUAUGCGAGCGGUGGCCUGCCGGACAUUCGGGCUGGCCGCGUACCUGUACGACCAGAUGUCCGGGGCGCGGCACGGAAAUGGAUCGCCGGUGUUCCGGAUGUACGCGGACACGGAGUACCGGUGCGAGAGCACGCAGGGCGGCGUCGUGAACUUCAACGUGCUCAGAGCCAACGGCCAAUACGUCGGCUACAACGAGGUGAAAAACUUAGCCAAUAACUACGGUAUAGUACUCCGAGUAGGUUGUUUUUGCAACCCCGGGGCGUGUCAAGCGCAUUUGGGCCAUACAGACCAGGAGUUGAGACGAAACCAAGAGGUGAUAGGUCACGUUUGCGGCGAUCACAUUGAUCUUAUUGACAACCGGCCGACAGGAUCUGUUCGGGUCUCGUUUGGAUAUUCGUCUAGCGAAUCAGACGCAGAUACACUUUACAAUACACUCGUCGAACAAUUUUGGCAAAACAAUUCAAUGGCACCCAUCGACCGACCACAGAUCUCAAUUGAAGAGUACAAUAAAAUGGAUUUGCGCGUAUCGAGGAUUUUCGUUUAUCCGAUCAAGUCUUGCGGGGCAUACGAAACGGACGAAUGGGAAUUGGAACCAUACGGGUUUAAAUACGACCGAAGCUGGGCGGUGGUCAGUAGCUCGGGAGUGUGUAUGACACAAAUGGAAGAGCCAAAACUCUGUCUGGUGAAACCUUAUUUCGAUUUAAAAAGCGGAACCAUGACACUCGUGUACGCAGAAAACAAAGAUGAAGUUCCGAUGGUAGUUUCUCUGGAGACGAAACAAACCGACGCUAAGAAAAAGGAAGGCAAAAUAUGUUGGGGUGGGUCCUUGGAAGGAAUCGACUGUGGUGACGAAGUAGCCGAAUGGCUAAGUUGGAACCUCGACCGGCCCGGGUUGAGACUCAUAAGGUGCACUGUCCGCCAUACGGCACCAAAACAGUAUGGAAGGAUAGAUUCAAAGGUAAUGGGUAAUAACGCAUGCCAGUAUCUGUUGUUCACACAACCGACGAUCAAAUGGUUACAGCAAGAAAUGGAAAACGAUAUAACGGAAAUAGAUGAAGAUAACUUACUAUUUCGAUUUCGAGGUAACUUAUUGAUUUCUGGCAACGAUCUGCCAGCCCAUGCUGAAUUAUCUUGGGGAGAAUUGGACAUCGGUGGUAUCAAACUUAAAUACGAUUCGCCUUGCGAAAGGUGCAAAAUGGUGAAUAUCGAUCAGGACACAUCGGAGAGCAUUUAUAAACCACUGUCCAUAUUAGGCCAAAACAAGUUUGAAAAUAAAAACGUUUUCGGAAUCUAUUUGAAUCGAGAAGAUACGCAAAAAUGUAAAAUGCGAGUUGGACAACAGUGCAUGGUCAUCAAAAAAAAUAUAUGAUUUGUUAGGAUAAGUAAACUUACAAUGUUAUUAUGAUUUAUUAUUUAUGCGUAGGUACACGUCUAAUAAAAUUAACUUAUAAGACGACAAUCGCGUACCUACCUAAAUCAUUAUAAGGGAAUAAAAGCAUUGUUUUUUAUGAAUAUAAUAAUUCAUUAUUAUAAUUAUUGUGAGCCUCGGAACAUAAAGAUAUCAGGAUUUUUAAGUACCUUAAUUAUAUUUAAUUUCGAGCACACGCGAAUUGACCGAAUCUAUUUUCUUCCACUUAAAAAUUAAGAAUAAUAAAAUUAAUAUACUUUUAUGUCAUGUUAUAAUAACUAAAUAUAUAUUACCAAUGAAUUAUUAACAA